AAAGAUGUGGACAAAUUGGAGAAGGCCCAGAAAAGAACAGCAAAAAUGAUUACAUGUCUAGAAAACAUGAUUUAUGAGAGAAGAUUGAGAUAGGGGGAGGUUUGUUUACUCUGGAGAAGAGAAGAUUGUGGGGACAUAAAAGGCUGUUAUAAGGAGGGAGGAAAAUUUGUUGUCUUUAGCCUCUGAAUAUAGGACAAGAAGCAAUGGACUUAAAUUGCAGUGAGGGUGGCUUAGGUUUGACACUUGGGAAGUUUUUCCCUAGUGUCCAAGUAGUUAAGUACUGGAAUAAAUUGCCUAGGUGAAAUUUCAAUCAAGAUUUUUAUUUAAGAGGUAUUUGUCUAACCUGCUAUCACCUAGAGUAGACCAACCCUGAUAUUUAGCUCUGCCUUGAGUGCAGGGGACUGGACUAGAUGGCCUCUUGAAGUCCCUUCUAGUUGUAUUCUCCAGAGCAGGGGCCUUCUGAGUGUCUUUGUUUCUGAACUCCCCUUGACACUGAACCCAGCUGCAGUGAAUAGGUAAAGUGGUGGUAACUACUAACACUCUGCUGUGGAGAGUCACUCUUGGCUGCUUCAGAAUCGAGGGCUAUGCUCCCAGAUGUCCAGAGAACACUAGUGCAUCACAAGAAAGGGCAGGAACUUGGCUGUGUUGUAUGGCUAUUUAUGCCCAAGUGAAGCUAGCUUAGUUACUUACCACUAGAUUAACUGUGUAUACACAGUGUAUACACGUGGGACAAAAAUGCCUGGGUUCAUGUUUUUCCCCCAAAUUAAUUUUUGAGUUCUGUUUGUAGAUACUGCAUAAAGUGCUGUGUGAAAUAAAAUCCACAAAACACUUACAACUUGAACUUUCUUUCUAAUCACUUUUCUUUUUCUUUUCACUCUGGGUGCCAGCAUUUUCUGCUUUGAAAGACUGUGUUUACUGUCUGGGUUCCAAAAUCUCAGGAAGGGUAAAAAAAAAUUUAGAAGGGAAAAAUAUAAGCAAACAACUUCAUCAUAGCCAUAGAUUGUAUUUUAGUUUCUUCUUUGGCAACCAUGCCAAUUAGUUUUAGACAAAACAAACUCAGAAAUAAACCCUCAUUCCCAUCACCAUGCCUUACUGUUUCCAAAAGGGCAGAGAAUUGCCCCUUUUUUUCCAUAGACAAAAAAUUAAGCUCUCUACUUUACAGUACUGUCCCAGCAUGCCUUUAUCACUGCGUUAUCCUCUGUGCUCUCAUUUAAAUGUUCAUGUCCCCAUUAUAAAAGCGUAAAAACUCAGACCCAUAAGCAGGCAGGAAACAUGAUAGUUUUAUUUUUACAUCUGCAAAGGUGCUUGCUAUUGUUUCCUUUGUUUCUUCAGCACUGCAGACUUGCCCUAACAGCUUGAAAAAACUCCAGUGCUUGCUCACCUCACUUAACAUGUUUAUAGAUAUAGCAGAGCACUGUCAGCCAGAGCCCAGCCACAAUGGAGCAGGGCUCUUAAACUUUGAAAGGGAAACUAACUAGAAGAAAAUGUCUGAGAGAAAAAAGCAGGAGUUCCAACCUUUUGCUUACUCUUUGGAGUCCUUUUAGGAAAAGCACGGUUACAGAGGUGGGGAAAAGAGGUAAUCUAAAAUUCUAAGAGCCUCUUUCCUAGGACCCUCUUCCUUCUGUCCCUGAAACAAUGAGUGUGUAUAGUGACAAAUGUAAGUGCCUUUAAAAAACACACACCACACAUGAGCAGGCCUCACUGCCCUAGAACCUCAGACUUCCUCAUCUUACUGGCUGUUUUGUACCUAUCUUCACAGUUUCAGGCUCCAGGGACAUUGGGCUUCAGACAGAGUUGAGGAACACUGUUCUUAUCAAUUUAAACAUAGUCUUUUGCUUAACUGAUUUAUAUUGUGCUUUGACAUACAGGAUGUAAAGGGUUAACCAGUUACUUGGUAAGCAGGCACUUUAUCAGCAUGCUUACUGAGUUAGCUGGAAGUGGCAUGGUAUGGCCCCCUUCUGUGGUAUUGUGGCUAACAAGUUAAAUAUUCCAUUUAACCAGUCAACUUUUAAACCAGGAUUUUACAUCCCUUUGUUGCAUAUAUAUUGGCAUAAAAGAGACUUUUAAUUCUCUGUUGUUGCAGCUUUACCUCUAGUACCAAUAGUGGAAGGCUUGGAGGUUGUGGUUUUUGUUUAAACAAUGAUCUGAGCAAGACUAGACAACCAUUUCAGCAGGGUCCCUAUACCUCCCAAACCCUCUCGUUUACUACUGUAUGCUGUUUGCAGCCAUACAAGAAUGCAUGGGAAACUUUAUUUGCAUAACUUGUCAAAUGGAUGAAAUGAAAAGUACAAAGACAUGAGGAAGUUCUUUAAAUGUAGUGCAACAAAAAUAAUUUUACCAUCAACAGUGUUAAAGCAGAGGACAACUUCAAGUCUUUCUGUUAGAUGCUUAGUCUUUGUAUUCUAGAAAAAUACCAGCAGCCAGGCCGGAAGAACAAAGAGUAUCACUGAAAAUAUCUAAACUGAAGGCCGUUUUACUGUCACCACAGAGCAGAUUUGGAUAGCAGCAAAAGCAGACACUGACCAUGCUGCCAACUCUCAUUGUGCUAGGUUUUGGAGUGACUGAUGUGACUUAAGGGAAGAAAACAUUUUGUUCUGUAGUCCGGGCAGUUUGAAAUUUCUGAGGCCUGACAUACUGGCACCAAUGGAUAAAAGCUUUACAUCCUGAAGAGCGAGUAAUAUUUUUCCCUUGGGAAAGCAACUCUUGUUUCUCCCAGAAUUUUGCUUUUGGGGAAUCUUUUGUUGAAAAACUUUGGUUAGUGUUGAGAGUGGGAUAAUGAAGUCUGUAUGGUGGUCUAUAUGGUGGUCUAAUCCUGAGAACAGUGUAAACCAGUGAUGGGCAGCCAAGGCUAGCUAAUAGCCCUACUUCAUCUCAGUAGGCCACAAGAUUGUCGUAACUAAGACAGUCUCCCAGGAUAAAGUAGUAUAGCUACUUUAGAAUUUGUGUACCUAGAAUUUGUGAAGUGUGCCACCUGAACCAUAGCAGUCCUUCAAUUGUAAGAGCUUUGUGCUCUCUGCAUCCAGUCAAAGUUGCAUGCAAGCAGCAGGCACCUUGUUCAUAUGCACUUGCUUUACAUACCUGUCCCUCGAGUAAAACCAGUAAGGAUGGACGGAAACCACCAGAAUCUGGCAACCCUGCAUGUGCAAUGUUGAAAAAAUGUCUUAUGGGCCACACAUAGAACCCUGAUGAGGCCGUAUGUGGCCGCUGGCGUAAACGUUUUUUGGCGUAUGUUUCAUAUGGAGGAAUAAGGGUUUGGUCAAUUAUGAUUAUAGGAGGUUUUUUUGUUUUUGUGGAUUGUGUGCAUGAAUUUGUAACUGGGAAGAAAUCUGUAUAAAAGUCAUAGUGGGAUGCAUAUCAAACAAAAUAAUUGUUAUAGGAAGCUGUUCAAGCCUGUGUUAUCAAAGCAAUUUAAUGAAUUCUCUUCUUGCAAUAAGAGAAGCUAGCUGAUUUGAAUAUUUGGAAAUGUAACAUGUUUUACUGAAUGGUUCAUUUAUCUGUAAGGAUAAGAUAAUGGAAGUGAAAUGUGUGAGUGACAGUUUGCAUAUUGGAUUUCAAAGGAUUAGGGAAUAUUGCAUGCAUUUAGUGUUGCAAAUGUGUUCAGUUUGAUUCAUAAUUAUUAAACUGUAAUGUUAUUUUACAAACAGAAACACUGUUUUUAAUUUAGCAAAUCACCACAUCAACAGUUAAUGUAUGGAGCUGCUUUUGUCUUUCCUGGUUAGGUCCUACUGCUUGCUUCCUUUUGCAAGAGAGAGGCUCUUAAAGGAAGGAUGUUGGGUGAACUUUUGGGCCUACAAAGUAGUAUGCUAGUUAGUGAAUAUUAUAGGAUUUCACCUUGCAAAAUCUGAACUGUAGUGGUACUUAUGCAUUGGUGACAAGCAACUUUCAGGAUAAAGGAAAGGUGAUGGGAAGGAAGUAGUCUUCUCCUUCCUCUUCCCCCAAAACCUGGUCAGUGGAUUUGGACAGUGAAUCUUCAGCCUGCUUUUGGGGAAACACAGAUAUGUUGAUUCUUGAUACAAGUUUAGCUUCUCCCAAAGAAGAGUCCAUUACUUCGAUAACAUCCAGAGUUGAAAAAAUUCCAGUUAAUGUAACUGUUAAUUGUAACUUAUAUUCCUUGAUUACCAACACUGACAAUUUUAAUUUUUUUUUACCAUAGACCAUGCAGAUGAGAAUUUCAUGAGUAGCCUUGAUGUUGGGUAAAUUGAAUCUGUGGUUCUGUCACAUCUGCAAAAGGAAAUAUGCCAUUGAGACCAUGCGCAUGUUUCUACCUUGGAAACAUGGAAGAGCAUGUUUCUCUUUGGGUUUAAGGCUGCAUCCAUUCUUUAGAAUCAUUUGGUUUUGGUGGCACAGCCAAAACACAGAUUCAUUUAGUCAUUGCUUCCAUGACUAAAUUUAGGUCCCAAGAUGUGAACCCUCUGUAAUGGAAGAGUCAUUAGAGGGCCACUGUAAGGACUGUUUUGAUGUCCUGACAGCCAGCUAUUGCAUUUUGUUAUUGCUAGGACCGAUUUGAUAGUGCAUAAACUUUAAAAACUAUAUAUUUUUAGACCGAGAGAGACCAUCCUGAAGAAAUUCUACAGCUUGAGUUGCUGUAACAUGAUUGGGGCUAGUCUCUGCCCACACCAAUAGUUGAAUUUGAACCUAAUCAAUUGAUUUAUCUAGUAACUUUGUUUUAGCCUCUUUAGCUACCUGAUAUUAGAACAAAUCUUAAGCUUGCUUGACUCUGAUUUAUUAACUAGCUCCUGAAAUAGUUUCUCUUUCCUGAAAGAAUGUUUUGGUGAAAGCACUAAAAGAUCUGAACCACAGCCACCUUUACUUCUGGGAAGACAUGGAAAUUAUUGCAAGCGGUUAAAAAAGCUUUUGGGUGGUCCAUUAUUAUAUCCUGGGCAGGAUCUCAUGUAUUAGAUUUUUGCAGUUGUGGGAUUUAGCAAAGGUUUAAUCUCUUGUAUAGAACUCUGCUAUAGAAUUUUUAGCUUUAACAUUAACAUCACAUUUAUUGCAGUUGGGGUUGUGAAGAAUAUAAAAUAAGAAUGGUCGUAUUGUAUCAGACUCAAGGCCUGUUUUAUGUGGGUAGACUUUAACCAGUUGGUUUAAGCAAAAAUCAUCUCUGGAUAGACUUUCUGAUUAGCGCUUCUCAGCCCAGUGCAAUUUGGGUGGUGAGGCUGUUCUAGAGCUGCAGACUCUGGGAGCUGGUCCAGGAAUUCAGGUUCUCAACUUCAUAGCUGAGACCCCUUGUUUGAGCUAGGAUUUUCAGGGCUUCCAGGUUCCCUGCUUUGUGUCUGAAAGCAGAAGUGCAGUUGGUGGAACCAAGCUACCUAGAUCUUUCAGGAUGUUAGUUAGAAAUAAGGGCUAUAGAAGCCCUUAGGUUGCUGGGCUUCCCAAGAGGUCCAGCAAGAGCCUGGGCUGAGUGUUAGGCUUCCUGGUCUGUGGCUGCAAUGUAGUGGGGAGCCUAGCAAUGAGAACCCUAGUAGGUUCAUUAUGGUGGAGCUAUCGGUCCUAGAACACAGGCCCUCUGGUAUGUUUCCAUUGACAAAAGUUAAGUCAAAUCUGUAAUAGGUUCACUGAAACGUCUUUCUUCAUCAAAUCAGUGUUUUCUGUUGAAACAAAGUUUAAUUAGACAACAUAGCUCCACUAUUGAUCUUUUUCUCCCUUAUUUGUUUAAAUGUUCUAUGGCAACGGGGUAGCCUGUCACAAACAGUCUUUUAUCUGCUGCUUAUCUUUUGGCAGAGAUUCCUGCAAGUUUCAGAAAGUUGUGGUUUCCUUUGAUCAGAUCACUUCUCCUGCCUGAUGAGAGUUUGAGUGGGUUUCAUAAUCCUUGAGGUUCACUUUGGAUAUAACUGUUCCAUGUGUUCCUGCUAUUCUGUAAUCCUUUUGGAAUCUCUGUCUUGUGGACCUCAACUGAAAGACUUAGUUUCUACAGGAAUUCUUGCUUUUGAGGAAAGAAGUGCCUAAGGAAUGAAUAACAGUAAACUUUACAAAGCCCUCACAUGAAUGUUCAUGACAAAAAUUAGGCCAGGAGUCUUGGUUAACAGUAUACCACAGUUUGACUAAAGCUGGGCAAAAGACUGUUUUUUCAAUUUUCUGAUGGUUUUGAAAAGUUUAAAAGAUCUAUUUUCUGGUCAGAUGAAAUAUCACAUUUAGCUAUUUUAAAACGUUAAACAAGACUGAAGUACACUUUGAAAAGUUCAGAAUGGAAAAAUCAGAAAUAUCUAAAUGGAAUGUUUAGUCUGGUUGGGAGGUUAGGUUCUUCCCUCCCUAAUAAAAACAUAUCAGCAAAACUUACUUGAAUUAACGAAAUAUUUUGGUGUUGCCAAAUGUUCCGUUUUCACCAAAAAAGAUUUCAGCUGAAAAUUUCAUCCAGCUAAACCUUAUGAUGAAACAUUUUAUUGAAUACAAAUUCACAGUUAAGAUAGCCAAACUACUUUAAUUCUGCCCUUAUUGCAGUGUCCUGAGAAAAAUGGGACUAUCUUAUAAGAAUAUCCUGUUCUGGAUAGAUAUAGUAGAACCUCAGAGUUACAAAUGCCUUGGGAAUGGAGGUUGUUCAUAACUGAACAAAACAUUAUAAUUGUUCUUUUAAAAGCUUGACUGAACAGUGACUUAAUACUGCUUUGAAAUUUUGUGCAAAAUAAAAAUGUUUUUAAAACCAUCUUAAUUUAAAUGAAACAUGCACAGAAAACUUAACUUUCUCUUUACUUUUUUAGUAGUUCUGUAUUGUAUUUGCUUUUUUUCUCCUCUGCUACUGCCUGAUUGCUUGCUUCAAUUUCCAAAAAAGGUGUAUGGUUGACUAGUCAGUUUUUAACUCUGAGGCUAUACCAUAUAAGAUAACAAAAGCUAGAAUGCAUCACUCUGCAUUUUGGGUCUUCUUGAUGGUCAUUUCUAGAUCACCGGAAAGUAGAUGACACAGAUAAUCAAUUUGAAAAAUACUAUAAGUAUAGCAUAUCUCCUAGAAUUGGAAAAAUGUGUGUAUAUAUAUCAAACAGAAAAGUGUGGGACUUUUUUUUUAACUACUCAAUAAGCAGAGGAACAAAGAUAGAAGUUAAAUGCAUACUCACAUUACUGUUAUAAUUUUGGGCACACCCUAAAAUAUAACUGUGCCUUAGAAAUAAUUGCAACAGGUGCUAGUGGGGAGAAAGAAUGAAACUAUACUGUGGUCCAGGAAGAUGUAACCAGCCCAAAGAGUAAGAACAUAAGAACGGCCAUGCUGGGUCAGACCAAAAGUCCAUCUAGCCCAGUAUCCUGACUGCCGACAUUGGCCAAUACCAGAUGUCCCAGAGGGAGGAAUCACAACAGGUAAUCCUCACGUGAUCCUUCCCCUGUUACCCAUCUCCAGGUAGGUAGUUUAGUCAAUGAGGGAUGCUGUGAGUUUGGUUUGUGGGCUACUUGUAGUUUCUCAAAAUUCUGGUGGAGGGGUGAUUGUAAUGAUUUGGAUGUGCUUAUCCCUGCCCUUAAUUGUGUCAUGUAAUACAUAUUCCAAAAUAAUUGGUUAGAGUAUUAUUCCUUGAGCUAGUUAAGAGCAAAAUUGAUUUCCUGUGUUCCAGGCAGCCUUCCAGUUUUCCCAAAACAGGACAAAUGCAAGCUGCUAAUUAUACAUUGAAAAUGUAAACAGAAAUCCUUUUUACUGUCCAAAUACAAUGCAUGAUGAUAUGCUUGCAUGCACAGAUGGAGUGAAUGUGCUCAUGGGAGUAAUGUAUGCACCAGUCCCGCCAAUCGGUUUCUGGCUCCUAUGAUCAGAAGAGAAAUGAAACCAAGCUGCUGUUAUAGUAUGAAUGUUUUCAGAGAGAGAGCACAGCAAGUAGGUCAAUGGGCAACUCACCAUUUUAGAACAAUCACACUGACUAUUUUAAGAUUUGUUCUAGUAAAUAUUGUCUGUUUUAUUUUUAAAAAUUACUGUGGGCCUUCCAAAACUUGCUGAAUUUUGUUAUAUUGUAAUAAAAAUGCAUUUUUAAAAACUCAUACACUUUUCAGCACUUUAAUGUUUUUACAGAACUAGAUCAGUCUGUUCAACAAAAAGUAACAUCUGUAAACAUGGGGGAAUAGGAUGAUUUGGACAUAUCCAUGUUUAUCACUUGGUUAGCAUAUGUGGUCAGAAAACAUGCUCUGAACAUGUUAGAGACCCAAAUUUCGAUACUAUUGGCUGUUUAGUUGUAAUGUUAUUUCCCCAAUAUUUGUCUUUUGACCUUAUUGGUAAAUAAAAAACAAAAAACCUUUUGUGUUUCGAUUUAACUGAGUACAUGUUAGACAGCCAUAAUUUUGAUAGUGUAGACUGGAGUCUUACUCUUCAUUGACCAGGGACAAAAAAUGACAUGGGGAAACAUAUAAUCAUCCUAUCACGUCAUUGGUUGUAUGACAUACUCUUUUAAUGAGUAUAAUUGCUUUCUUGCUUUCUUUUUUGGCUUUAUACUUUUCAUAAUCUAUUUAUCUACUGCACUUUGGAACGUGAGAAUUUCUUGCAUCGUUAUUGUAACGGACUUCCCCCACCCCCACCCAUGCUUUAUGAAAUGGACUUAUGAACACAAAUGCACGUAACUCAAAAGUGCUUUGGACAAAUUGUUCAUGUAACCUAUCAAUCUUCAUGUCUUAAUCCACUGGAUCUGUUUAUCUUUGGUGUAUGUAUCAUUCUUGAGUGCAAAUUUAGACAGAUGGAGUGUGGAGUGCUUUAUGGUUUUUAAAUGUGUGAAUGAAAGUUAUCACAAGUGUUACCCUUAAUGUUCCGAUGACCAACUGUUAAACGAUCACUUGUCUUUUUUUAAGUCUUAGCAGUGGUUGGUCUGGGGAAGUCACAUGUCCACCUCACUGGCCAGGUGACUUCCCAUACAAAAAGAGAAUCUUUAAACAUAAUAGGAAAGUAGGAGUCUUGUCUUUUUGCUGACUGGUGUGGCACACCCAAGGGAGGGAACCAGAGACCCCAAGGAAAAGGAGACUUCCCUGGUUUGGUAGGCUUCGCUGGGAAAGAAACCAUUUUAGGGUGAGUUUGUAGUAAGUUUUUACUGAAGUUUUAGUAUAGAAGUAGCUAAGCAUUUUCUGUUAUUUUGAGUUUGCUUCAUGCUUUGCUAUGCCUGUUAUCGCUUAUUACCACUUAAAUCCUACUGCUUUUUUUUUCUUUUAUUUUCUAUCUAACCCAAAAUAAUUACUUGCUACCUGGGGAAAGCAAUCAGUGUGUACGUUUCCCAUUCCAUUGUUAAAGGGGGCUUACCUAAAUAAUUCAGUUGGGGUUUUGAUCUCUUUUUGGGGAGUGGUAUCCCAGGAGGCUGGGCCCAAAACUCCAUUUUUCUUGGACCUGAAGGUCUGUACUGCUUCUCUGGGGCGGGGGCAGAGAUUUCAGCUCAGUGCCUUGGCUGUGGGAAACCAGGGAGCUGGCCCAGCAAGACAAAGCAGUGAAAAGCUCCAGAGAGCAGCAUGGCGAGUGGCAGUGGCCUUGUCAGCACCCUGGACAUCACCCCCAAGAGGUCAUCUGUGACCUUACCCCAUCACAAUUAUUUCUUGUCAUAAGAGACUGAAAUACAUUCUAUAAAAUGGCUUGUGACCUUGAGAAUGGGAGAAGGGGGCAUGGCUAUAAUAAUCACAGUUGUGACCAGGGUUCCCUCAAGUUUUUUCCCACCCCUGAGUGGAAUGAAUUUUGUAAUGUGCAUCAGUGUAGAGAACACAUCACCUUCAUAUUGGUGCACAUAACAAAAACCAUAUGAUGGAAGUGAGGUCAAGCGUUAUUUUUGUGGGAGGGGGCUCAGGCCUGGGGCAGAAGGGGUGUAAUGUGUGGUGAGACCAGGGAUUAGUAGUUGAGGCCAGGACAAAGGGUUGGAGUACAAGGGUUCUGAGGAUGAAGGGUUUAGAGUGCAGGAGGGGGCUCUUGGCUGGGGUUUGGGAGCAAGGGGUUCAGAAUACAGCAUGGGGCUGUGGGUUGAGGCAGGAGUUUGGGGUGCAGGAAGGUGUAAGGGCUCUGGGGUGGCCCUGGAAGUGAGGAGUCUCCAGGUUUGGGAAGGGGCUUAGGGCUGGGGUUCAGGAGAAGGUACAGGCCCUGUACCAGGGGGAUUGGCUUUAGGGUAGGGAUGGGGAUGAGGGGUUUGGAAUGUAGGCGGUGGCUUCGGGUUGGGGACUAUUUUUAAUACAGAUUGGAACUGUAAAGCAUUGUCACCUGUAAGUUAUAAUUAGGCUAUAAUUUAAUUAUUGGGCUGUAAUGAAAUGGGGAAUGAAGGCCGUUAUUUAAAUAUUUCAAGCAUAAAUGGUUUAAUAGAAAAAAUUAAUCCCCUUUAUUUUUGCAAAUCACUGUGUGCAUAUUGUCAGUUUGCCCCACAUACAUAUAUUGGUGUUGCUAUUUAAUUUUACCAUUUAAUUCAUAUUAAUGUGGAUUUUUUUUCCCCAGAACUUCCUUUGACAUCAGACUUUGGGUUGCCUUCCUUCCUCUCAUCCCUGGUUUCCCCUGUAGGAAUCCGUGCUCAAGCCAGUUUCUGUUGUAAGGUAACCAAAAAAUUAAGAAAAUGCCUCCAAGACCAUCAUCUGGUGAACUAUGGGGCAUCCAUUUAAUGCCACCGAGGAUCCUUGUAGAGUGUCUCCUACCUAACGGAAUGAUAGUGACUCUAGAAUGCCUCCGUGAGGCCACACUACUGAAUAUCAAGCAUGAACUCUUCAAAGAAGCAAGAAAAUACCCUCUUUACCAGCUGCUUCAAGAUGAAUCUUCUUACAUUUUUGUAAGUGUUACACAAGAAGCAGAAAGAGAAGAAUUUUUUGAUGAAACACGGCGGCUUUGCGACCUACGACUCUUUCAGCCUUUUCUAAAAGUCAUUGAACCAGUAGGCAACAGAGAAGAAAAGAUUCUUAAUCGGGAAAUUGGUUUUGCUAUAGGCAUGCCUGUCUGUGAAUUUGAUAUGGUUAAGGAUCCAGAAGUGCAGGACUUCAGGAGAAAUAUUCUUAAUGUUUGUAAAGAAGCAGUGGACCUUCGAGAUGUGAAUGCACCCCAUAGUAGAGCAUUAUAUGUCUGUCCUCCAAAUGUUGAAUCUUCACCUGAACUGCCCAAGCACAUAUACAAUAAACUAGAUAAAGGGCAAAUAAUAGUGGUGAUAUGGGUAAUAGUCUCCCCGAACAAUGACAAGCAGAAAUAUACCUUAAAAAUCAACCAUGACUGUGUUCCUGAGCAAGUUAUUGCUGAAGCAAUCAGGAAAAAAACACGAAGUAUGUUGCUGUCAUCUGAACAACUAAAACUCUGCGUUUUAGAGUACCAGGGCAAGUAUAUUUUAAAAGUGUGUGGCUGUGAUGAAUACUUGCUAGAAAAAUAUCCACUGAGCCAGUAUAAGUACAUAAGAAGUUGUAUAAUACUUGGCCGAAUGCCCAACCUGAUGCUGAUGGCUAAGGAAAGCCUUUAUACACAACUGCCACUGGAUACCUUUACAAUGCCAUCUUAUUCCAGGCGGAUCUCUACAGCUACACCAUACAUGAAUGGCGAAGCUUCAGCCAAAUCUCUCUGGGCCAUAAACAGUGCUCUCAGGAUAAGAAUUCUCUGUGCCACCUAUGUAAAUGUAAACAUUCGAGACAUUGAUAAGAUCUAUGUUCGAACUGGUAUCUACCAUGGAGGAGAACCUUUAUGCGACAAUGUGAAUACUCAAAGGGUACCUUGUUCCAAUCCAAGAUGGAAUGAAUGGCUAUUGUAUGACAUGUACAUUCCUGAUCUCCCACGUGCUGCUCGGCUUUGCCUUUCCAUCUGCUCUGUUAAAGGCAGAAAGGGUGCUAAGGAGGAACACUGUCCAUUGGCUUGGGGAAAUAUAAACAUGUUUGAUUACACACAUACUCUUGUAUCUGGGAAAAUGGCUUUGAAUCUGUGGGCUGUGCCUCAUGGGCUGGAAGAUCUGCUAAAUCCUAUUGGCGUUACAGGGUCAAAUCCGAAUAAGGAAACUCCAUGUUUAGAGCUGGAAUUUGAUUGGUUUAGCAGCCCUGUAAAGUUUCCAGACAUGACAGUGAUUGAAGAACAUGCCAAUUGGACUAUAUCUCGAGAACUAGGGUUUAACUACAGCCAUGCGGGACUGAGUAACAGGAUAGCUAGAGAUAAUGAAUUAAGAGAAAGUGACAAAGAGCAACUCCGUGCAAUUUGUACACGAGACCCUCUGUCUGAAAUCACUGAGCAAGAGAAGGACUUCCUUUGGAGCCACAGACACUAUUGUGUAAAUACCCCAGAAAUUCUACCAAAACUACUUUUGUCUGUUAAGUGGAACUCUAGAGAUGAAGUAGCCCAGAUGUACUGCUUGGUAAAAGACUGGCCUCCAAUCAAGCCAGAACAGGCAAUGGAGCUUUUGGACUGUAAUUAUCCUGAUCCAUUGGUGCGAGCGUUUGCAGUUCGGUGUCUGGAGAAGUAUUUGACAGAUGAUAAAUUGUCUCAGUACUUAAUCCAGCUUGUACAGGUUCUGAAAUAUGAGCAGUAUUUGGAUAAUCUACUGGUGAGAUUUUUACUCAAGAAGGCACUGACCAAUCAAAGGAUAGGACAUUUUUUCUUUUGGCACUUAAAAUCCGAAAUGCAUAAUAAAAAUGUAAGCCAGAGAUUUGGCUUACUUUUGGAGUCCUACUGUCGAGCAUGUGGAAUGUACCUAAAACAUUUGAGCAGGCAGGUGGAAGCUAUGGAGAAACUGAUAAACCUCACAGAUAUUCUCAAGCAGGAGAAGAAGGAUGAGACACAAAAGGUGCAGAUGAAGUUUCUUGUUGAGCAAAUGAGGCGACCAGAUUUCAUGGAUGCCUUACAAGGCUUUAUUUCUCCUCUUAACCCUGCUCAUCAGCUGGGAAAUCUCAGGCUUGAGGAAUGCAGGAUUAUGUCCUCUGCAAAAAGGCCACUCUGGUUGAACUGGGAAAACCCAGAUAUUAUGUCUGAACUGUUGUUUCAAAACAAUGAAAUCAUCUUUAAAAAUGGAGAUGAUUUACGUCAGGACAUGCUGACACUUCAAAUCAUUCGAAUUAUGGAAAAUAUCUGGCAAAAUCAGGGUCUUGAUCUUCGGAUGUUGCCUUAUGGCUGUUUGUCUAUUGGUGAUUGUGUGGGACUUAUUGAGGUGGUGAGAAGCUCUCAUACAAUUAUGCAAAUUCAGUGUAAAGGUGGUCUAAAAGGUGCAUUGCAAUUCAACAGCCACACAUUACAUCAGUGGCUCAAGGACAAGAACAAAGGAGAAAUGUAUGAUGCAGCUAUUGAUUUGUUUACACGCUCUUGUGCUGGCUAUUGUGUUGCUACCUUCAUACUGGGAAUUGGUGAUCGUCACAAUAGUAAUAUCAUGGUGAAAGAUGAUGGACAACUGUUUCACAUAGAUUUUGGACACUUUCUUGAUCACAAGAAGAAAAAAUUUGGUUACAAACGAGAGCGUGUGCCAUUUGUCUUAACACAAGAUUUCUUAAUAGUGAUUAGUAAAGGAGCCCAAGAAUGUACCAAAACAAGGGAAUUUGAAAGGUUUCAGGAGAUGUGUUAUAAGGCUUACUUGGCAAUUCGGCAGCAUGCUAAUCUCUUCAUAAAUCUCUUCUCCAUGACACUACAAUCUUUUGAUGAUAUUGCCUACAUACGAAAGACGCUUGCACUGGACAAAAGUGAACAAGAAGCUCUAGAAUAUUUCAUGAAACAGAUGAAUGAUGCUCAUCAUGGUGGCUGGACAACAAAAAUGGACUGGAUCUUCCACACAAUAAAGCAACAUGCAUUGAACUGAAGUGAAAGUAAAGAGAUGAUAAACUGAUAGCCCACUUUAUGGGUGCUACACUGCACUGUUAAUACUUGUCAGCAGCAAAGACUGGUUGCAUAGGAAUUGCACAAACCACAGAUGGCAUUAGAAUAUACAGAAAGAGCAAACAUGAAAUACUCAGAAUUUUUUCAAAAAUAAUGUAAAAAGUGGGGUUUCAGAUAGCACUAAAACUAUACACUUCAAACUUAAGCUUUUGUGUGAUGUGCAACUUCAUGUUAUGCCUUAAGCCCAAAAAGGUAAACUUGGAAGUUUGGCAGGAAGUUUUUUGUUUAAUUUGAGAGAAGGAAAAUCAUGCUAGCAUCAAAAAUAGUUCAUCACACAUUACAGUAGGUCUGGUAUCACUUUAAAGAUUAUGUUGGGUUGCAAAGUAUUGAAAAGGAAGAAAACAUAGUGUUUUCAUAGGUAUUUAAAUAGUAGGUAUAGUGUUGAAAUUGAAGGAGUUUUGCAACUCAGAUUUAAAAUAUUAAAGUGAGGGGACAGUUCCUUUAAAUUUAGUCAGAGGCAUAAUAUAUUUUGGUUUUAAUUGAACCUUUGACUUCUGGUCUGUCAUUUGCGCCAUUUUGAAAGAAGUAGGAAAUAGGCCUUCUAUAUGUGGUAUUCUCCUGGACAGUAUUUGUAAGGAAGAAAAUUAUAGCUUCACAAAAACUCUGGUCCCCAGCAUCCCAACUGACUGACUUAGAAAUUGAAUGAGCAGGAUAGGGUUUAGUGCAACAAACCAUUGUAGUGUUCACUUUGGGAUUUGAUUUAAUCUAACUUGAACACAAUAGACUUUUUCACAUGUUUUCCAGAGCCUAGAAAAAGGUUAGUUGUUAAAAUUAUUGAAAGAUUAUUUUUAUAAAGGCUAUUUAUAUAAUAGGAACUAUUAAUAUAUAUAUAUUCUUUAUUUACAUGAUUUGUCCCAUAUUCACUCAUUUAAUUUUGUAACACAGUUCUCUGUGUCAAGACUCCUGUUGUCCAUAAUGUCACUGGUGUUCAGCUGUACUCACAGGACCAAAUGCAACCCUGGUGUAAAAGGAUACAAGUACCACUGAAAUCAGUGGGAGAUGUACUCACUUGUGCCGGCAUUGAACUUGUCCCUGAUCUCUUCAAAGAAUCUCAGGCAAUGUUCUUAACAUUACUUUGGACUGGUCUACACUACUGCGGUAAGUCAGCCUAUGUUACACUACUUCAGUUACAUGAACAACAUAACUGGAGUCGCUCUACCUUAGGCUGACUUACUACGGUGUCUGUGGGAGGUGCUCUCCUGCCAACUUACCCUAUUCUUCUUGGGAAGGUUGAGUACAGGAGUCAACAGGAGUGCACUCUACCAUCAACUUAGCAAGUCUUUACCAGACCCACUAAAUCAAAACGGCAGCAUCAGCUGCAGUAGUGCCAUCUACUGGUAAAUGUAGACAUGGCCUAAGUGAUAUGCUGGCUGUUCAAGGAAAGUAUGGCUAAAUGCUCAGCCUCUGGGUCCAUCUUUUCUCUUUCUCUCUUCUCUUUCCUGCUUCUUUAAAAGUAGCUGUUUAAUCCCUAUAAACAACACAUAAGAAGUAAAUUUGCAUUUUCAAAAUGAGUACCAGCUACUUAUAGUAAAUACUUUGGAAAGCUCAUAGCAUGUGAUGCUGCCAAACAAACAUUUUAUAGCAUGCACACUUUUAUACAUGUGCUCUGUCUUUCUCGAAUGCUCUGUGUGAGAAUGUGAGUAAGAGAAUAAUCAAAUUGUUAGGCAACAGCUUUUGCAAGUAUCAAGACUACUAGAGUUUUUUAGAUUGUUCUUAUGCACAGCUGCAGGCAGAACGUUUUUUAUAAACUCUGAAAUAUUUUUGACAACUUGCUAAACCCAGGAUUCUGAAGGUGAGAUUUGUUCCAGUGUUUUAAACUUGUUAGAUUCACGGCAUUUGAAAUGAAUUCCAAAAGCCCAGGAGUUUGAAGCGGACGGGUUUAUUUGCACGCAGACCAACACAUAUAGGUGUAGGUACCACUCAAAAAAGUGCAAUACCAGAUGUAUAUAUGCUGAGAGUUGGUAUUAGAGUCCAACUUUAUAAACAAACUGUACUUUGUACAGGCUGUAUCUAUGAAGUAUUGAGUGGUUGGAUUCAUUUAGCAAAAUAUAAUGUGUUAAAAAUGUGUAAUUAUAGAAGGUGUGGAUAGCAGUAAAGCUAAGAUUUUUAUUUGGCCUUUUAAGACACUUUUCUAGUCAUUUGAUUCCUACAGUUGCUUAUUGAACACACAGGUACUUGACUAAAUAAUAUGGUAAAAAAAAAAAACCACAGUUUUCAUGAAAAAUACCAAGAAAUACUAAGACUUGAGUGGGAAAUAUGGCUAGUCUUAUCUCUGUAGAACAUUUUAGAGGAAUCCAGCAGUCCUCUGUCCCUUUGCUUGGAUAUGAAUGUUAUUAGAACACAACUACCCUUAUGUACAGUCAAUCCAUGCUAAUGUUCUAGUUUUUAUUUUUUUUAAUUGGGGAUUAGUUCCAGCAAGAAAUUCAGUUACAGGAUACAGAUCUGAAACCCUGAGUGCUGUAAUUCAUGAUUUAACAGAGAGAUGUGUUAAAGUGCCACAUUAAUUGUCUCAAUACAAGAAGAAUCAUAAGGAUAACAUAUUACCCUAUAGAAAGAUUCCUUUUAGGACCUGAACUAAAAGGUCCGCUCGAGUUUGUUGGAUUUUUAUGGGCUUGAUUCUUCAUAUUUUGCACCUCAUGUUAAAUGCUGCCAUCUCAGAAUGGUAGUGUUUUGCACCCACUUUGCAUAUGUUGCAGUGUUGUGAAAAAUUAGACCCGAUAUCUCGAAGAGACUGCGUCAACAAUACUGCAUGAGCUAUAAAAGAGUUCUUAUAUGCAUACUAGAAGAAAGCAAACUAACUAGCUAACCUAGGUAUAAUAAGGUUUGGGGUAACUUUAUAAUUAAAGAAAAUGGAAGCAUGGGAAGAUAAUGGAUGGGGAUAAGGGAUUUGAAACAGUAGUUCGUGUUAACAAAAAAUAACACCCUCUUUCCCCCGAAUAUGCCAUGGACUUCCAUGGAGUUACUCUUAUCUUAAACUGGUAUGUGGGGGGGAAUCAAACCCACUAUCUCAGCUACAGGAAAAUAUUUGCUUUGCAGACCAUAAAUAUAUAGGCGACUUUGAUAUUGUUUGGAAUUUGAUUUUUUUAAAUAGUUUUUUUACAAUUGACAUUUAACCGGAAUAGAGGUUUGAAAAUGUUCCCUCUGCUCUGAAUACCAGCUGUGCAAACAUUAAAGAAGUUGAUUUUUGUGCUUGGACUGAAUCUAAGCAUCUUGCUCCAGCAAAACUCCCAUAGAAGCCAAUUGCAGAGGAGUCUAAUCAGAGCAAGGAGCCCAGGGUUUGUCUUUACAUUUUUAUGACAAAGCCAUUAGAAAAAGUGACUUAAGGAAUAUGUAUUAAAUUGUAAACCAAUGUAACUAAUUUUUUUCAACUGUGAAACUAUUUGUUUUUUGACAAAACAGGAUGCUGCUGCUUUUUUUUUCUUGAAAUACAUUUUUCUAAAAAGUUACAGAAGAAACUCUUGUGCUGACUUGCAUAUGCACACUUUUCUGUUCUUAAAGAGUGCAUUAGUAGUUUCUGGUGUAAAACAGUCUAUCAGUAUAAUUUGCUUUUAUGAAAAACAUAUAAACAAAACCAAAUUUGUAAGUGGUUUGGUAUGUUAUGGGAAAAAAUAUGAAAAGCCUAGAUAUUAAGGGCACUGUCAGAAUUACCAAGUUCUCUACAUACUGCAUAUUUGACCUCUAACUUUUUUUAAUGCAAAGUCAUCUAAACCCUGUAGUGGUCAGUAGCCCAUGUUAACAAUUUUAGGGCUAUUUUCCUUUGCAUUGUCAUUUUAUAACUGACAUGCUCUGUUUGCUCUGAACAAUAAUUGUGAUUUCCUCCUGUUUUUCAUGUCUGUACAGGUUACAGACCUGGGCUGGACCAGUUUAAAAACAAAAAAGCCACUUGAAAUUAUGAUAUAGUGUGAAGUCAGACAUCUUUAAAAUGCUUCAUUUUUAAAGAAAACUCUGUGGUUCGGGCAGAAUUUUGAUAUGCUGCUUCUAAUUUUUUUAUACAACUUCCAUAUUUCAUUUUUUUAAAAGUUUUACUUGAGUGAAGAACCACCUUUUUAUACAAAUACUAUACAGCUGUGGACACUUGUGGUAAAUUCUUGAAGCCCAGUUAAUGUUGCAAUAUACUUGAUACCAAUAGUGAAUUUCUAUUUAUUUUUUUCUUUGGUCAAAUUUGUCUCAGUUUAUGUAAGGCUCUAUCUGUCCAAAAUGUUUUGCACUAUUCCAUCCUGCAGAUAGUCAAGGUUUUAGGUCUCCGUUGAUAAACAAACUAAUCAAAAAUUGAGCCUGUGUAGAAACUUGCAUGCAAGAGCCAGACCUAGUAGAGACUUUGGGUUUCCAGUAACUCGCAUGUCACUUUGGUGAAAUUCUGAUGAAUAGAGUUACUCUUGAUUCACAGCAGCAUUUGAGUAAUCAGAAUUGGGCCUUUCAUCUGAGAGAGAUUCUCCAGCCCUUGUUUGCUUGUCCAUGUGACACAUGAAAAUUUAUUUUGCUCAGGCCUGGACUGCUCUAGAAAAUUGAGCAAGCUUGACUGUGUCAUUCAAGGGUAUGAAAUAUUCACUCCCCUGAGCAGCAUAGUGAAGCCAUUCUAGUGCCUUCCAUCCUGGGUUAGGUCAAUGGAAGGACUUUUUUAAAACUUUGAUACCACCUCUCCGGAUACACUGAAGCUCUGUAGUGAUAUAACUGUGCAUCUGUAGCAUUUCAAGUGUAGACAAGCCCUGAGAAUGUUCCAGAUGCAAGUUGGUGACACUGGCUGGUAAAACACCUAUAAUUUUAAAUAUUUGUUUUCUAUUAACCAGCUUCAUGCACUUUUACAUUUCAGGAGUGUAAUAGCCUUUUACUUCUGUUUUUAAGACUUCAAGGAUGACCCGUUUAAAGAAAGCUCUAUCCUAGAAAAAAGAGUUUCUCUCCCUAUUCCAUGAUCACAGUUGGGUGCUUUAUGAAAUAUGAUUUCAGAAGACAUGAUUGUUCUUGAUAUGGCAUUGGGAGCAUAAUAUUCUUCGGAUUUUUUUUAAUUUUUUUUUCAGGUAUCCUGGGACAUAGUAUACUACCAGCAUGAGGAGAGUUAGUCAAAAUCUUGAUAGAGGUGCCUCCAGGUGAAUAUAACCUGGAAUAUUUCACUUUUUUGUUUUUAGAACACAACCACUUGUGAAAAUACUUACAAAAAUUAAUGCUGAAACAUGCUUCAAAAUACAUAUACCGUACAGUGUGUCCUUACUUUCACUCUGUGUGGUGUGAUGUUCGUGAGAGGCAAUAAUACAAAAAAAAUUCACGUCAUAUGGUUUAUGGGAUACUACUAAAUCUCCCAACAUGUAAAUUAUAGUAGCAACAUUUAUUUUAGUGGAACUGUGCUCAUAUACAGUAAAUAGUUGAGGAUCUGGCCCACUAUCUGAACUUAUCUAAUCUGUGGUCAUACCCAGUUACCCAGUUUUAUUGAAUAUCUCAGGCUACGGAGAGACGAAACUGAGCAAGACUUUAUCUUUAAUAAUCUUUAUAUGCCUACCCUAUUCUCCUAGUUCAUGAGGGCCAAACCGGAUUCUUCUUACCUGCAAAUACAUUUAAUCUGUAUCUGGUUUGAUUUAAUUUUCUUUGACUCAUUGAGAUUAUCAACUGGCCAAAACUGUCUUAAUUUCUUUUUUAAUGGAAAAGGUUUAAUCCUCUUUCUGCCUUACAGACACCAUGGGCUCAAAACUGUUUUUAUUUUCUUGUAAAGUUUCCCCUUCCUCUUUCUGCUAGUGAUAACUGACAGUCAUGCUCUGGAUAUUGACAAAGCCCACUGACUUGAGAUGUAUAUUUUAUAUGUACCCAUCAACAAAGGGAAGACAUCUAUGCCUCCAUCUUUGCUUUAAAAAAUGGAACACUUGACCACAAACUGACUUCCAAGGCUCUUGUGCUUUUGAAAGCCUGUUUCAUGUUUUCUGCAUAAUUGGUACUCACAGUUGCAAGAAUUUUGGAUAAAUAGAGUCCAAGUGGGUGUAUUCUACUCAGUGCCCACAUGUUAUCCUUAAAACUAAUGGAAAUUAUGUGCCUGUAUCAAGAGGAGAACAUAAAUGCUCCAAGUAUUUACCUGAAAUCUCUUAAAAUGUAGAAAAUUCCUAUCCUUUAAAGUAACUAUUAACUAGAGAAAAAAUAUUGCCCUGUAAUUAAUUAGUCAUUCUAUGGAUAAAGGUUCUGUGGUAUAACACAUUGUUCCGCAUAAGGGGGGGACUCUUAGUAAUGGUCCAAAAAAAGUAUUUAAGACACAGCAAGAUGCAUGUGUUGUUGUAUUGAGAUUAUAGUCUUGCAAUAUCACUUUAAACAUUCAUUUUUUCCUUUUUGCUGUGCUACUCAAAUAGCAAGAAACGUUUGGCCUAUGCACUUAUUGUAGUUUAUGUUCAUCCAAACCUGUAAAGUCUGCUUUUUAUUUAACUUUGCAGUCUGUAUCUCAUCAUGAUGUGUAUUUGUUUUUAUCACAUUUUUGAGUGUCAAUGUAUAUACUAAAAGUAAAUUAAAAUGAUAUGGUUGGUA